CUGAUACAGAACAGGCUUGAAAAAUUAAAACAAUGAAAAGAAAAGAAGAGAAUAAAUGUGAAAUUAGCUUAAGAAUAAUUGGGAUAAGAAUAACUUAGAAAGAAAUGAAAUCUUCUGGUGGAAACAUCAUCAUCACUCAAUAUCCAUGAAUAAAUGUAUUUCACCCUCAAUUAAUUAAAAGGCGAAAUUUUGUGUACAUCUGAUCUUUUUAGACCUAUAAAUUGAAGCCAUUGUCACCUUGUUUGAACAUCAAUCUCAAAAUGGAGAAAAGAGUUUGUGGAAUAGCACAUGCCCUACUCCUGGUUCUCGUUGUUGUUGGUGAAAUUAUGGUAGUGAAUAGUGAAGGAAGAAUUUGCUGGGCAAAGAGCAGGAAAUACCAAGGGCUUUGCUAUUUCAAGACCCAAAUAGUCAACUGCAGCCUAAUCUGCAAACGCGAGAGGUUCAACUCGGGCAAAUGCAAAGGAGGAAGAUGCUAUUGUUGGAGAAGAUGUGGGCCAGUUGUUACGGGCCGUCGGCCUCCUCCACCGAUUGUGGGCCCACCCGAUGUCGGCCCGCCCAAUGUGGAUGUCCCUGAUGUGGGCCCGCCGGAGGAUGGCCCGCCCAGUGAUGACAAACCAAAGUUGUUGUUUACCCACCAUUGAAUGUGGCUAAAGUUGAGAACCCGUUAGUUGAAUAAAUUAAGAUGAACACACAAAAACUAUAGUGUUGUAUGUCAUGUCUAUUUUACUGAGUGUUUUUUAAUAGCAUUUUAACAACAUGAAAUUAAC